CAUGACUCCUGUGUUCAUUUAUUUCUACUGGGACUUCAACGACUACCUGCAGCUGUCGUUCCUGUUCGGCUUCAGGAAGAACGACUUAAUCAUCUACCUCCUCUUCGGUCUCGUCAUCAUCCCCUUCCAGAUUAUCAUGGACAUCUUCAUCUUCAACAUUCAGGAGUUGUUCCACGGCUGGAAGGUGUAUGAGUACAUGAAGUACGCCAGAUACCGGUUCAGGCACAGGACGGCGAGGUGGAAGGGCCUGGAAAAGACCUACGACGAGUCCAUCGAUUAUUCGCUCCGAACUGUCGACCAGCUUUGCUUCUCAUCUCAGUUUUACUUCGUGCUUGGCAUCGGCGGCUCCGGCUCGUUCCUUUUCGUGCUGUCGCUCUCCAUGAUGCUUCGCGUGAACUACAACAUGUUCGAAGAUAUUCUGUUUGGCCUUGUUGUAAGUCUGAUGUUGGGACUUUGCAUGAUCACACGAAGGGUCGCACUAUUCCUGGCAGAUUUGGUAGGUUUGUGGAAGAUCGAUAGCCGUCUGGAUGACGACAUGAUCAAUGAGGACGACCUCCCAACAGAUUUCCAGCUGUUUGGGGACAAGGCAGAUACAGAGCGUGACACUGAGGCAUCUGAACGAGGCGAGUUCACGCUAGCGGACCUCACUACGGAUUCCUUCCGCCGCAAAUUCUUGGAGCAUAACCGCAUGUGGCUGCUGGAUCAGUUCGCAGAGUUGCUCACCCCGAGGACGGCGAAGAAGUUCAGGAAGAUGGGCGGAAAGAUUCGCGGCACGGGCGGAUUGUCAGACAGCGACAGCGACGAAGGUGAGAGGGAUCGGUUCGAAGGUGACGUCAUACUCGCAGACACGAGCGCGCAUGUCAUGCGUAUGUGGCUCCAUGAGGCGUCCAAACGAACCGGCGGCGGGAGGAUGGCAAGACGCCUGGGACUGUCCGAAACUUCGGACAGCGACAUGGACAAGGGACCCAAGUGGCCACCGGCGAAACUGUCGCCCGAGGCUCAGGCACUCGCCAAGGGUUGGCUUGCAGCAGUCAAGGCUGUGCGAGCCGCACGCGGCGACAGGCCCGCAGGAGAGCUCUCCUCAUCAGACACGGAUACCGACGGGGGUGGUCUGCGCAGCCAGUGGGGCACGCCCGUCGUGUCUCCUGCGUCUGCGGCGCUGGUCAGGGAUUGGCUUCAGCGCGCAAGGAAGAAGGUUGGGGAGACGCCGAAAGGCGGUGGGUUGACCUCCUCGUCUGAUUCGGGCAGCAGCGACGGCGAUCUGGAUCGACUGGUGAGCCUCAAACCCGCGUCCGCGGUGGUCAUGCGUCAGUGGAUCGCGGCUGUCCGCGCACGAAGCCGUGGCAUCAGCAAUGACCAACUGGUAUCCAGGAUGCGCUCUGAGUUGAGCAGCUCCAGUGGCGAGAGUGAAGGAGAGACGGGGUUUGAUGGUCCUGCGAGUGUAAGCGCCACGGGUCAGAGUCUGAUUCGCUGGUGGCUUGUGAACCUGAGGAGGCGCAUGGCUGAAGAAGGCGAGCGGAUGAUUGCCGAGUCAAUUGAACAGGCGCGCUCGCAGCUGCCGCAAGCGCCAACCGGCGACGACGGUUUCCCGGAUGACGAUGAGUUCACGGACAGCAGCGAUGAUAACUUUCCCGUCGCGCAAAUGAGCACAGAUCCAACGUACACGACUAGCGAUCCAAACGCAGGUCGCCGCGGAAGCUCCGAUGAAUCGAACCUUGACUCAAGCGAUUAGCAAUUUAGAGUAGUUCAUAGAUGUGGCAAACAAGCUGCGUGAACCCGACUUGGCAACCAGCCAAGUUGUGAGUGAGAACGCAGCAACGCCGCUAAGCAUAGUCUUAGUACAUGAUAGAGAGAAUAUUUUGAUUCAAAAGAACGAACGAAAUUCAUUUC